GAACUUUCUUCGAGGUGUCUUCUCUGGAGCUGCGCGGCUCCGGACGCCCUCUGUCUGCACAGCCAUUGAUUGACAUCGGCGAUCACUGUCAAUCUGAGUGACCAACAUGUCCAUCUACUCCCAAUUCUUCGUCCCCAGAGCCAAGUUCCAUGUGAAUGACAUCCCCGAUCUCACAGGCAAGGUGAUGCUGGUGACGGGCGGGUACAGUGGGAUUGGAUACGAGACUACGAAGGCACUGCUGGCACAUGGCGCAAAAGUGUACAUCGCGGGACGGAGUCGAAAGGGAGCUGAGGAUGCGAUGCGCCAAUUUCGAGCCGAACUGCCUGACGCGCAGGUCGCAUUCAUCCAGCUUGACCUUGCCGACUUGCCCACGAUUAGGAGCGGGGCGGAGGAGUUCCUCAGGCUGGAGACCCGGCUGGAUGUGCUGUUCAACAACGGCGGCGUCAUGGACCCGCCUGUGGAUCAGCUCACCUCACAAGGCUACGAUCUGCAGUUCGGAACAAAUGUUCUCGGGCAUUUUUAUCUCACGCAACUGCUCCUCCCGACGCUCCUCUCCACAGCACAGCUCUCCUCUGACGGCAAAACACGUGUCAUUCACACCGCCUCGCUUGGAAACGUAUUUGCGCCCAGCCUUGACUUCUCAACGUUCCGCGACGAUCCGAAGCGUCAGAAAAUGGGCUCGACAAAGUUGUACAACCAGAGCAAAUUGGGCAACGUCAUUUUUUCUGCUGAGCUAGCGCGGCGGUACGGUGACCAGGGACUGGUCUCAGUUGCGUUGAAUCCCGGAAAUCUCAAGACGGGUAUUGCGAGACACUGGAAGAGUUUCGGACAGCGCGUGAUGAAACUUUUUGGACAUCUCAUCGUUUAUCCAGCACAUAUGGGAGCGCUGACUCAGUUGUACGCUGGGACAACUGCCCCUGGUGCCGAGCUCAACGGAAAGUAUCUGGUUCCCUGGGCAAGGGCGGGUAAGCCAAAUCCACUCGCUGACGAUGAGACUUUGGGAAAAGAUUUGUGGACUUGGUUGGAGGAACAGAUAUGAGCCUUGAGCUCCGACUCCUGAACUGUGUUCCCUUUUUGAUACGAGUUGUUGAGAUCUAUUCAUGGCAGGGCCUACAGCUAUCGCUGAUGGAUCAGUUUCGGGAGUUGGGACCAUCACUUUCAGUCAUUGGAGUGAAAUGUGAUGGAGAAUGCCGCGAAAAUUCGUACAGAGACUCCUCAGGCGAUGACUCUCCCCAUGCCAUCUUCCGAAUUCUCGCAUCUCUAACCAUAGACGUUCCUUGUGAGACUUUCCUCGCAGCAUUGCAGAUGGAAUGGGUCAGGAGGUUCUCGUAUGUUAGGUGCGUGCUGGACCGUUCGGGUGGCUACCAACGACCAGCUGCCCAUCCGGCAGACGGUUUUCGAGCUCAAACGAACGCGCAGACAUCUUCUCUGGCAGCUCCUGCGCAAAGUUCAGCGCGAGGCAACACAUUCCUAACUUAGCUUCCCAAGCCACUGUUCGCUCAGCCGUCGUCAUUCGGCAGUGGUAUCCGCGCUCCAGACGUACUGGAGGAGUACCAUGUCAGGUUCAACCCUAUAAGCCCCGGUGUGAGACCCUACGCGGUACCAUUUAUCCGACCGGAGGCGGCGUAUAGGGACAGAACCGCUGACUUCAGAUCGACAGAUGCAAGGCAGGUUGGGGUCGGAUGACGGCUCGGCCAGGAGUUCGGGCGGCUCCACUUGGACGACCUGGAGCUCAGAUAUUCUCCGCAUUCUCACAAAUCGUGGUGAUACCACUUUUGAUGGGGUGUUUAAAAGUAUAAACUUCAUCGUUGGAUCGGGCUUAGUCAUAGUAUGAGGUUCAGGCUGGGCGAGGAAGUGUGGCGUGGACAAACCUUCUUCCCGAUUAGGAAGGCCCGGCCUGUCGGCCAACAGCCAUGUGAUUGAUGGAUAUGAUGGAUCUAGAUAAGACUUUGUAAACAUUUU